AUGUCCAAUCCGUUUUCCAACGACGUCCGAAUCGACAUUCCGGGUACAGCCCUGCUGCGGCUUGCAAGUGAUGUCGUAGAUGCCUUGAACCGCAAGACGAUCGCAGAGGAACAAGAAAGACUCGCAUCGCGACAAGACGAAGCAGCACACGAACUGUACGAGCAACGUGUCGAUUUGAGCGUCACGCAGAGCUGUAUCGAUCCCUAUCGCUGGGCUGUAGACAAAGCUGAACACGGUCGAGCGAUACAAUUGCACGAGGAAACGCCAGACACAUCCAGGCGUUUGAUGCACCUAUUUGACCUGGGCACCAUCCCCAAAUCAGCAGUAGUCAUGCCUCGAGCCAUUGCUCUGCGGCGUCAAACACGACAGCUCGGCGAAGAUGUUGCGAAACAGGAAGACAUGAUGCUUGACUUUCUUGAGUAUCUAGCCUUCCAUCGCUUGUCCAAGGACUUCUUCAGACUCUCUGACCAGUGA